AUGGCGCCUGGUUUCUUCCAGCCGGAAGGCCAGAUCGAUGUUCCGAAUACCGACCUCCUCUCGUGGAUGUUUGAUAAGCCGAUAUAUGACCUGGAAAAGAUCAUAUUCGUCUCCGCCAACGAUACCUCCCGCACCCUCACAGGCGUAAAAUGUCGAGAAAUCAUUCGGAAGAUUGCGAAGGGAUUGAAGGAUGCGGGAUUGAAGAGAGGGGAUACGCUGCUGCUUCACUCUUUCAACGAUAUCAACUACCCACUAAUCGUCCUGGGAACCAUCGCCGCUGGUGGAGUCUGGACGGGCUCCAAUCCAUCGUAUACAACGUCAGAGCUAGCACACCAUAUACGCGCCUCCUCCGCGCGCUUCAUCGUAGUCGAGCCCGAGAUUCUCUCCACCAUCCGCGCCGCUGGUGACGCCUGCGGCAUUCCGGCAGCGAACUACUGGGUAUUCGAUAACCUUCCCCAACAGGGCGUUCCAGCCGGCUACAAGUCCUGGAAAGACCUCCUCACCCGCGGCGAAACAGACUGGGUCCGCUUUCAUGGCGCUGAGGCAGCACGAGACACUACAGCGAUGCGCCUCUUCUCCUCUGGCACCACUGGCCUGCCCAAAGCCGCCAACCUCUCCCACCGAAAUUUCGUCGCCCAGCACACAGUGGUCCAGGACUACAAGCCACGCUCCUACGAACCAACAUACUGUCUUGCACUCCCAAUGUUCCAUGCCGCCUGCGUGCCCGCAGCACACAUUACUCCCCUGCGUGGGGGAGGCCGCACCACGAUCCUCCGACGCUUCGACAUGGCCCUAUAUCUCCGCACGUGCGAGCUCUUCUACGUAACCGAGCAAACCGUCGUACCCCCGAUCAUCCUGGCCUUCGUCAUGUCGCCCCUCGUCAAGCGAGCGUGCUUCGCCUCCGCCCGCGCCGCCGCAUCCGGCGCUGCGCCCCUCGGCCUGGAUCUCCAGCGCCGCUACUCGGAGCUACUGCCGCCAAACGCAACAACAACACAGGUAUGGGGAAUGACGGAGACGUCCUGCAUCGCGACACGCUUCUGGGCCGGCGAGCACGACGAGACCGGAAGUGUGGGCUACCUGGUCCCCGGCGUCGAGGCGAAGCUUGUCGACGAGGACGGCACCGAGAUCCGCGAGUACAAUAAACCCGGCGAGAUGUGGGUCCGUGGAAGAACGGUGUUCCAGGGGUACUACCAGAACGACGCGGCGAACAAGGAGUCCUUUGACCACGAAGGGUACUAUAAAACUGGCGAUAUCAUGUACUGCGAUGGAAAAACGAAGAAGUGGUACAUCGUCGAUCGGAAAAAGGAACUCAUCAAGGUCCGCGGCUUCCAAGUUGUUCCGCCCGAGCUCGAAGGGGUGCUCCUACAGCACCCGGGGAUCAUCGACGCGGCAGUGAUAGGUAUUACUACCCCCGCCGGCGAGGAGCUGCCGAGGGCGUAUGUUGUGAAGCGCCCUGGAACGGAGCUCACGGAGAAGGAGGUAUACGAUUGGGCUGCCGAGAAGCUGGCUAAGUAUAAGCGUUUGGAUGGUGGCGUUGUGUUCUUGGAGGCCGUGCCAAAGAACGCGUCGGGGAAGAUUCUGAAGAAGGCGCUUAGGGAGUUGGCAGCGAGGGAUCAUGUAAAGGCGAAACUGUAG